UGGUAUAUCUUGAUGCUGAUACGAUUGUCGUUAAGAGCAUUGAUGAUCUAUUUAAAUGUGGAAAAUUUUGUGCAAAUUUGAAACACUCCGAGAGACUAAAUUCUGGAGUAAUGGUGAUUGAGCCAUCAGAAGAGGUUUUUAAAGAUAUGAUGAGCAAGGUGACCACUUUGCCUUCUUACACUGGAGGUGAUCAAGGUUUUCUGAACUCCUACUAUGUUGGGUUUGCUAAUGCGCGUGUUUAUGAGCCAAAUCAGUCUUCAGAUGUCCUAAAUUCUAGAAAGGUCCCUGAAAUGGAGAGACUUUCUACUCUUUACAAUGCAGAUGUUGGCCUUUACAUGCUUGCUAACAAGUGGAUGGUAGAUGAGAAAGAACUCCGAGUAAUUCAUUAUACACUGGGACCACUUAAACCAUGGGAUUGGUGGACUUCUUGGCUGUUAAAACCUGUUGACGUUUGGCAGAAUGUUAGGGUACGUCUUCAAGAAUCUCUACCUGGAACUGGAGGGGGCAAAAAUCCUAGAGAUGAACUUCUUGUCAAAUUUCUGUUUCUGCUUCCAUUGCUUUUGGUGACAUUUUUUUACUAUCGGUUGUGUUUACAGACACGAUCGUUAGUUGACCACAUUAGACAUCUAUACUACAAGAUCAGAUCUGGAGGCGUCCUAGCUUAUUCCUCUGUUCCUUCGUCCACCAUUCUUUCAGAUCAGCAGCUGAAGGUGCCUGCUUUUCUGGGUGGGAUAUCGGUAUGCGUCUGUUUUGCUGCUGUUCUGGUGUCUCUUGGGCUUUCACUUGUAAUUAUCCCCCGCCAAGUAAUGCCGUGGACUGGUCUCCUCUUGAUGUACGAGUGGACGUUUACACUUUUCUUCCUUCAGUUUGGAAGUUAUUUGCACUUAGUUUAUCAAUGGGGAAAGGCUGUGGCAAAUCGAGCUGGACAAUUUCGGGCUGAUUCUGCGUCUUUGGACCAUGAAUCUGGAAAAGGUCAUCAGCGGCAGCAAUCAUGCUGCGAAAUUGCUGCAUGCAACUACGGGUUAGGGAUGGCAUUUCUCGCAAUUUUAGCCCCUGCAUUGCCUAGCAUUUUCGGUAUCACUGCUUUGUUUUUGAGGUUAGGUUUGAUGGUCGUUGGAGGCCUUGUUUUAGCAUCGUUCAUGACAUAUGCUGCGGAGCAUCUGUCGAUAAGAUCAUUUACGAGGGGUUAUGAAGAUAAAGAUGCACACCAGAGUAGGAGUAUAUGUUUCUUAUGCUGAAUGCUGAUCUAUAUUGCUCGACUCACCAAAAAUACUGUCGCACCUGGAUCGGAUCCUCGAAAUUGCACUAGUUUUGGAGGAUCCGACACACACUCGUCAACUAAUCCAAGCUUUUUUGCUUGCAUUUGUUGUUCAUUUUGACACUAUUGUGUAGAAUAUGUGUAGUUUUUUUUUUUCUGGAUUUCACACUUGCUUAUGUUAGAAAGAUUUGAGGUGUAAUUCUUUGUAAAGUGCAUGUAUAUGAUUGUUAAACUCUUAACCAAUGUGAAAAUAUCUGUUGCUCUA